GCAGAGCUCUGCAGGGAGAAGUUGUGGCUUCAUUCUUUCCGCCAUCUUCAUUCUUUCUCACUGACCGAGACUCAGCCGGUAGGUCCGCAGAACGGUCUUCCUGGGAAUUCAGUUGUGAGUGAAUGUGUGGAGGAACCAGCGUUAGGACAGGUCCCAUAGCACGGUCUGUGGCUUUGAGGGAAAAGGGCCUUGUGGUCCGGCUUCUCCCAGGUCGCGAUGCAGGCGCCAUGGGCCAGUAAUCGUGGCUGGGCUGGAACGAGGGAGGAAGUGGGAAAUAUGAGUGAGCAUGUAAGAACAAGAUCUCAAUCCUCAGAAAGAGGAAAUGACCGGGAGUCUUCCCAGCCAGUUGGACCUGUGAUUGUCCAGCAGCCCACUGAGGAAAAACGUCAAGAAGAGGAAGCACCAACUGAAAAUCAGGGUAUUGCACCUAGUGGGGAGAUCGAAAAUGAAGGAGCACCUGCUGUUCAAGGGCCUGAUUUGGAAGCUUUUCAACAGGAAUUUGCUCUGCUUAAGAUAGAGGAUGAGCCUGGAGGUGGUCCUGAUGUCAGGGAGGGGACUCUGCCCACUCUUGGUCCCACUAAAGUGCUGGAAGCAGGUGAAGGGCAACUAUAGGUUUAAACCAAGACAAAUGAAGACUGAAACCAAGAAUAUUGUUCUUAUGCUGGAAAUUUGACUGCUAAACAUUCUCUUAAUAAAGUUUUACAGUUUUCUGCAA